UCAAAUCUGUUCGAGAUGGUUCAACGGUUGGAAGCGCAAGGGAACAAGGAAGGCAAAGAAAAGUGGGACGACGGAUCCGACUAUGAUGAUGUAACAAAGAUAUCUAUACGAGCUGACCCUCAAGGAAUAAGCUACAUCCGUUUCGACUAUAUCAAGAGUGGACAGCCGAUAUAUGGAACAUUUCAUGGUUUGACGAAUCCAGAUGAACAACUUGAAUCUGUUGAGGGUUACUACGAACCCAAGUCGAGUGUGAUACUAGGAAUUCAAUUCAAAACCAAUCUGCGUGUUUCGGAGCUGAUAGGAUAUGUACAAAAUGGCAUCAAGUUUUCACUAGCUGUGGAGGGAAAGAAGAUCAUCGGGUUUCACGGAUCUUCUGAGUCACAGCUCAACUCUCUUGGAGCUUACUUCACUUGGAUUUCUCCAGCUAACUUGGUAGCGAGAGGUGGAAAGGGAGGUAAGGAGUGGAGCGAUGGAGCCGACCAUGAAGGUGUUACCAAAGUAUAUGUACGAGGUGGUUCUAAAGGUAUACAAUUCAUCAAGUUUGACUAUGUCAAGGAUGGACAACAGAUAUAUGGGUCAACCCAUGGUGUCAUGGGUAAAGGUUUCACGCAGCCGUUUGAGAUCGACCAUCUCAACAAGGAGUAUCUGGUAUCUGUUGAGGGUUACUAUGACGAUAGCAAGUCCGGGAUCAUUCAAGGACUUCAAUUCAAAACAAACGUCAAGACUUCAGAACUGAUGGGAGAAGACACAGGUAAAAAGUUUAGACUAGCAGACAAUGGGAAGAAGAUCAUUGGGUUUCAUGGAUACGCUGAGAAGAAUCUGAACUCUCUCGGAGCAUAUUUCACAACCUCCCAUUUCACUAAAGUGGAAUGCCAGGGUGGUACAUUUGGCGACCUUUGGGAUGAUGGUACUUUUGAGGGCGUGAGGAAGGUGUACGUACACACUAAUGAUGCGGAACAUUAUGUAGCUGGUGUCCGAUUCCUCUACGACAACGGAGGCAAAGUUGAAACGUAUGAGCAUGGGACUAAUCAUGGAAAAGAAGGAGAGUUUGAGGUGGACUAUCCAAAUGAAUUUAUCACAUAUGUGGAGGGGACUCUGAAAACCAGUGGACAUUCGUGGGUCGAAUCAUUGACUUUCAAAACGUCAAAAGGGAGAACCUCGCCAACAUUUGGAAACGGGUCGGGCAGUAAAUUCUUGCUUGAGAGCAAAGGUUGUGCUCUUGUUGGAUUCCAUGGACGGUUUACUAAUCGUGCUAUUUAUUCGCUUGGAGCAUAUUUUCUUCCGCUGCCUCCUCCUCCCGAUGCCGAGAAAGUAGAACCAAUAGGUGGUGAUAGAGGAGCUGCUUGGGACGAUGGUGGUUUCGAUGGUAUUACAAAGAUAUACAUAGGACACACCGAGAUGGGUGUCUCAUUCGUCAAGUUUCUGUACGUGAAGGACUAUCAUGUGGUGGUCGGAGAUGAUCAUGGGAGCAAGACAUUGAUGACUGUUGAUAAGGUGCUUGAGUUGCAAUACCCAAGUGAAUACAUAACAUCUGUCGAAGGUAGUUAUGAUGAUGCAAGUGAAUCUCAAGUUAUACGCAUGCUUAGGUUCAAGACCAAUAUGCGAACGUCUCGAGACUUUGGACAAGAGACAACCUCAAGCUUCAUACUCGAGAAGGAAGGUAACAAGAUCGUCGGGUUCCAUGGAAAAAUAAGUAACUUGCUUCAUCAAAUUGGGGUCCAUGUCCUGCCUAUUACAGAUUGA